AUGUCUAUUUUAUUAGUUCGGAAUGGUUACUCAUGUGUACCCGUGGCUUUGGCUGAGGGACUGGACAUAAAACUCAAUGCUGCUGUGAAGAAAGUAGAAUAUAACAACAAAUGUGUUGAAGUCACCGUAUACAAUCCUAAAAAUAUGUCCACAACGAAUACUUAUAAUGCUGACGUCGUUUUGUGUACUCUUCCUCUCGGAGUCCUCAAACUAAGUGCAGUUCCGUCCAGCAGCCAGCUCAAUACCGUUCAGUUUUCUCCACCUCUUCCAGAUUGGAAAAUUUCUGCCAUCCAGCGUCUAGGAUUUGGGAAUCUCAAUAAGGUUGUCCUAUGUUUUGAAAGAAUAUUUUGGAAUCCCCAGGCCAACCUUUUUGGUCAUGUUGGGAGUACCACAGCAAGUCGUGGGGAAUUGUUUCUGUUCUGGAAUUUGUAUAAGGCUCCAGUACUAUUGGCACUGGUGGCUGGAGAGGCAGCUGCUAUAAUGGAAAACGUGACCGAUGAUGUUAUAGUAGGAAGAUGCAUUGCUGUUCUUCGUGGUAUCUUCGGUCAAUCUGGAGUGCCACAACCGAAGGAAACCGUUGUAACCCGUUGGAGAGCCGACCCGUGGUCUCGAGGAUCGUACAGCUUCGUAGCCGUAGGUAGUUCUGGGAGCGAUUAUGACCUUCUAGCUUCUCCUGUCAUACCUCCUAAUGCCCAAGGAGUAUCAGUGACUUCUGGACCUGCCAGAGUGUUCUUCGCAGGAGAACACACUAUAAGAAACUAUCCAGCGACGCUGCAUGGAGCUUUUUUGAGUGGCCUUAGAGAAGCAAGUCGCAUUGCUGAUCAGAUAAUCGGAAACCCUUGUCAACCUCAACCUGCCGAAUGAGAUUUUCAAGAAAUGUUUGUUUGAUUUUAUAUUCGAACUGGUUCAUUCUUCGUUAAAAUGUAGUUAUUGUGUCGCCUAAUAAUAAAUAAUUUUGCAUCAA